AAAUUUAUUUAAUAUCAGACUCAUUGACCAAAAAAAUGGAUGAAGACCUUAUUCUACGCGAAAUAGUUAAAAGUCUGGCGUUUGAAAUAGAGGCUGUAAACCAAGAUAAUGUCUUAACAUGGACUAGUACCAACGGCACACCACUCAAUGUUAAAGUGAGAGUGAGAAACAAAGAUGAACCAAGACUGAUCCGAAAAGGUGUGAUACCUGUUCCAAGAAUUGGCAUUACUGCACCCGAAAAACUCAGGCUUAUGUCUAGCGAUCAGACCAUUCUGUCAUUCAACGUUUAUUUGGAUGGUGAAACAGAAAAAGAACCAAAACGUCACAAUGGUUUAAAACUGUUUAACAUUGGAAACUGCCUAGGAACAUAUAGCGAUGAUGAAGGACCGUAUUUACCGAGUUCUUCCGAACAAAAUGCCGUGGAAAGUGGCCGUUGCAGCAAAUCGUCCAGCUGCAUUCUUAAAAAGAAAGUGUCCCCAGUUCGCAGCUCAACAAACACUCACACUCAAAAAAGUUUUUUUGGUAAAUGCAAACCAGGAGGAUGCCUUGAUCCACCCUUUGAUGAACCCAAUUAUGCUUAUGGCCUCCCAAAUGCAGAUCGUCAUGAAAACCUACAAGUUGAAUGUAAUAAGCUAGACGAUAAUAAAGAUGCUUGUGAACCAGGUGGAUGCCUCGACCCACCUUUUAGUGAAGAUAAAUACCCCUACACUGUUUCAAAAACGCAUCAACUAGUGAAACUUGAAUUGACACCGCAAUCUACCAAGGACGAAAAGCAAAUACUCAGUAACAAAUCUUCAGAAGAACGCCAUAAAACACUUGAUAAGAAAACAAUAAAGGAAGAAGAUGAUUCUAAAAAACUUAUGGACAUUUAUGCAACAGCUCCGAGACAAAACUCACUGGAGGCAAAAUAUUCACAUUCUAUUAUAACAUAUCCUACUGACGUGUCAUCUAAUGAAACGCUAAGUGAUCAAAUUCCACCUAAAAAACUAUCAAUAAAAAGCAAUGAUGAUGAAGCACAAAAGCAAAGUUAUGAUUAUCCAGUAUCAUAUUUUGUUCCUCCAAAAGAUGUUUUGAGAUGUAAAGAGGAAGAACGUAGGUAUAGUACGAGACCCUCGUCUCUCACAAUUGACAAAAGUAGUAAAAGUACAGCCCAUGCUAAGAUAGAUAUUGUAGAUAAAACAAAAAGUAUGGAACAUGAUUAUAUUCCUCAAUAUGUGACACCUUCAAAAGAUAUACAAAAAGAGAAAAUGAAACCAAAUUAUACUGAUGAUGCUACUUUUAAAAAUGACUAUAAUAAACAAAGCGACAUUGUGGGAAUUCAACAAGAAAACAAUAGUAUUGUGGACAUUCCAUCAUAUGUUGCCACGAAUUCCAAAAACGUUGGCAGUUAUCAAAAAUCUAUUGAUAAAGAACGUGCUUCAAAAUAUCUUAGGACCACUGAAAGUAAUCCUAACAUUAAUGAAAACGAUCUUAUAUCACAACAACAAAUAGUAUCGCCAAUCGACAAUCAGAAAUUAUAUUAUGAAGAAACUAGAAACCUUGAAGAAAAUAUUGGUAAAGAAAAUGAGAAGACAAAACAAGAUAACCCAAUAGUCGAAAGAGCUGAGAUAGGAAGUAAAGAUCCGUUAAAAGAUACAUUACUUCAAUCAGAAGUUGGUUACAUUACUGGUACACAAACCGCAGACAGUCUCGAUGCAAAAAAAGAUGUGCCAGAUAUAAAUUUGACAAAACAAUCAACGCUGAAAACAGAAAAUUCUAAAUUCUUAAAUACACAUGGUCCUAUAAAAGACGAUAGCAAAUUGAAUUUUGGUAGUAAUAAUAAUGAUGAUAUCUCUAAAAUAUUCCGAGUUGCCGAAGCAACAAUACCUGUUUUAGCUACAGCUACAGCAGCAACAUUGGCUUUAUCUAAAAAACAAUCAUUACAAUCUAAUGACAAACCAAACAUUGGAUUAGAUAGUUCAGUGUCUAACAAAAAUAAAGCUUCAAUAAGUAAGUGUUCAGAAGACUUGCUCAAAAAGUCUACUGAACAAAAACUUGAGAAUCAUGAAAAUGAACCAAAGAAUUUAUCGCCGCAAAGUAUUUCAAGUUGUGAAAAUAAUGAAUUUGAUGUAUCUUCCGAACACAGUAUAGAUUUUAAGCAAGAACGUUCAAAUAACGUGGAAACUCGUAACACAGAAAACACAUCAGUUCACAAAGAAAAACAAGAGUUAUUCGCUGAAAACGUGAACUUUACAAGUACAAAUAAUGUCAUAGUUGGCAAAAAUAUUCCAAAACAUGAUUAUAUUAAGUCCGACCCAGAAUCAGAAAAAAGAAGAUCUAGCGCAAUUCUUCAGAAAAAAGCGUUAUCGGCGAAACAUGACUUGGAUAUGGAGUACGAUGAUAUUAAUAAAACAGCUCCACUUAAACGUAAUACAUUUACGGUUAUUGCAUCUGAUACCUCAAUACAAAAACGCGAAGAGAUUGAAGAAAUACCAGAAAACAUAACAGAUCUUUAUUUUAAAACUACUGAUGUAUCUAAAUUUAGCUCUCCUAAUUUAACUAAAAAUAACACAGUUAAGAGUAUUACAGAUAUAAAUAACAGAAAACUAGAAGGUUCAACCCCAAGAAUCAGCCAGCCAGGAAAAGUAAAGGAUUUACAUUCAAAAGUCAGUGAUGAUACUAAAGCAACAAAGAUAGAUUCACGCACGAAAGAGAUGGAAAGUGCAUUUUAUACUGAUGCUGAUGGAAGUUUAUCACAAAUACGCUCAGAGAAUUUUACUAAUAUGAACAAAACUAUUAAUCAAACAAAACCCAAUACGAUAUCAAACGAAAACGAAAUAAAUACUGAUCCAUUACGUAAUCGUUUACCAACACAUAUUAAAGAUAUAGAUACAAACAUUGUUGAAACUGUCCAUAGCCCGCUCAAAAUAGAAAGUGAAAACCCGGAUGCAAAUUACAAGGAGAUGGAAUUGUUACAUAAACCAGGAAAUAAACAGGACUGUCUAAUCAGUCAAAACGCAAAAUCUUUAGAUAAAGGAGCAAAAGAUAUGGAAAGACCCAGCCAGUCCAUAAAAGAUUCAUUACAAAAAACUAUCCCUGAUAAUAUACAACAUUUGCAUCCAAAAGUUUCAGUUAGUGAUGAAUCAACUGUAAAUCAAAAAACGGCAAAUUUAUUUUUAGCUAAAAGAGAAUCGGAAAAGAUAUUGAAUACUGACUCUAACAUAUCUGUACCAAAAAAUAAUACGGAUAAUUUGCGUUCAAAAAUGAUGACCGACAGCAAAUACUUUGCUGAUCCAACUGCGGAAAAUUUACCAGAAAAUGCAAGAGAUUGCCAUCCAGAAAUUAAUCUUGACGAUAAUUCUGCAUCAUUUACUAAUAACAUUGAGCAACUCGAACGAAUAGGUAUAAAAGACGUCAUAUUGAAAAAUGGGAGGAAACCUAUUAGCGAUGAUAUUGAUGCAUCUCAAAAACUUUUAACAAAUGAUUUUCAUACUGAGAAUGGUAAAUAUUUUUCCGUUGACUCUGCAAGCGAUAGGAUAGAAGUUGUUAACAUAUAUGACAACUCGAGUGGCAAUGAACCUGAACCUGAACUUGUUCAAAUUUUAAAUGAUAAAAAAGAGCAGAAGAAUUUCGAUUAUGAAGAGCUAGAAAAGGUAAAUACACACAAUAAUGAACAACCAAAUCAAACAAAUCUUACUCAAAAUGAACUUUUUGAGACCCAAGAAUUCGCGGGAUACAAUAAUUACGGAUUAGUUGAUAAUACAAAAAUUGUAACAAGAAGUAGCUUAACCUCUGGUGGAUAUUCAGGCUUAUUAAGUGAGGUUUUAAGCAAUAUUUCAGAAGACAGAGAAGGAGAAGAGGGUAUUAACGUAAGAAAUCAAUCUUUAACUGAAACUACUGGAAGACAUGAGGAUUUUAUAAAACUAGAUACUCAAGCUUAUCGUGAUUACCAAACGUUCGACAAUCCAUUUACAAAUAUCUCUAAAGAAUCAGAAUCGAAUAGCAUGGUGUCAGAAAUAACUGUUGGCAGUAAUUAUCCUCAUAAAGCAAAGGACGGCAGUUAUAUUUUACCAAUAAAUAACUUAAUCAAGAGUUCCGUAUCAACAUUAAAAGACAUUGAUUACAACACGCACAAGGAAACGAGCUCGGGAACAUUCAAAUCUAUACAAAAAAUAAGUCGGUCUAAUUCCAUUAAUAAGGACAACGCUCAGUUAAAUAUAACUAGAGAUGUAGAUCAGUUAAAGCCAACUGAUAUGAUUGACAAACCUAGCGACUACCAAUCGUCACAAAUUCCGGCCUCCAUGCAUGAUUUAAUCGGGUUGAACACGGAUAAUAUUAGAGCAAAACCUAUUAGCCCUUAUGGGCAGACCACGCGUUAUCAACAACCCAAUCUAACCAAAUCAAAAGAGCUACAAGAAUCCAAUAUUGUUGCAACAGAAUCAUCUUUAUCAAUAAAAAGUACAAGUCCACUUUAUGUAGAUAUGUCGUUUUAUAGUUAUAUCAACGACAAUAAACAAAGGGUUGUUCAAACACAAAGCCCACUUAGUGACAAACAAAAGCCUAAUGACGGCACAGUCACUAUAGUAAAAACAUUAAUACGUCAUGGAAAUGAAAUAAGAAUACCUGUGGACAACGAAAAUGAUAUCUCUUUGAACAUUUUGGACAAAGACGUAAGAGUGGAAAAUAGGAACAGUAUUAUCGGAUUGCCAAUAUAUCAAAGUCAUCGUGAAAAAUACGCUGUUGAUCGCGCAAAAAAACACAAAGACUGUCUCAACAAAAAUUUAGCUUUGAUAUAUGAAAGCGAAUUAAUUCCUUUGCACACUGUCAUCAAAGACCUGACACAAGAAGUAAAUACGCUAGCAUCAAAACAAGAAAUACUUCAAAUGAGAAUCCGAAAUACUAAACGGACAAAGUCUUUGAGACUGAUUCCCGUUGUUAAAAGAUGUGGAUGCAGAAGAAUUUAGCGAUAUAUUUGAUAAUCAACUAAAUUUUAUUGAACAAACUAAUCAAUGUUGCCCUUAGGCAUGCAUGGGAUCAAAACAUUGUCCUUUUCAUACCAGUAUCACCA